AAAACGAAAAUAAAGACAUGUACACUGUGUUAUUUAGCCUCUUAUCUAACUCUGCAAAGAAAGUGAAUCAGUAUUUUCCAAAAUGUCAAACUCUCAAAGCAGUAAGGACAUAAAUGUUGGUAGCCUACAUAUACAAUGCAUUAUAAUGCAUCUAUAAUGAAUGAGUGAUGGUGAUGUCUUAAAGUGAAACUCUUGCCAAAAAGCAACCUAGGCUUUAUUUGCAACUGAAUAUGAGUCAAACCUUCAUGUAAGAGCAUAAUCAUGAUGAAAGAGGCACUUGUAAAAUUUAGCAUGGUUUAGUUUUUGGGCAAACUCAUAUUCAAUGGGAGUGCUUGGGGCACUUUUACGAUGGCAUCAAAAUCGCUAUUUUCAAAACAGUAAGAAGACUCGACACAACAUGAAACUUUGCUCGUAGUGUCACCAGGGUCUCUAUUAAUAUUUUUACAUGAAAACAAGUUUCCAUUUCAGGCGGGACUUAUUAACCUGGCAUCCCUCUCUAUCCCCUCCCCACAGCUCAGUGAUAGGCCCCACUCUGCCUCUGAUUGGUUGGCUUCUGUAGUUGUGUUCUCUGUGCUUGACAUUCUCUGGAGUGUCCAACGUGGAGGGCUGGCAGCUGCAUUUCAUUGUGAAAUGCUGCAUUAUAAAGUGCCAAUCUAAAUAAACCUUGAACAUUGAUUAUCAGUGAAUGAGACACGUCAAUAAAAAUAAAAAAAUGUGUCAGCUCAUGUUGUUGACUAGAUCUCUGGUCUCUGUCUAAAAAAGGCAGCACAAAUGAGUUAAAAUGCCCAGUCCAAUCCAAGAGUGCGUCAAAAAGCUGAGGUUAGAUUCAGCAUGUCAGAGUUUCAGUCUGAACGUAUUAAAUGAUGUUUGGAAGCCAUUCCAAUUGCUCUCUGUAAGUUCAGUUUCAUUUUCCUGGGAACUGUUUCCUGUGAGGGAGAGGGAUGGGCAGAGAGAGUUUCAUUUCUUGGGAAACGACUGAGGGGGAGAAAGAGAAAAGUGGGAGAGAGGGAGGUAUAAGUACCACACACAAGCUGCAGACGUUUUGUGAGCUGCAAGACCAGCUUCUGUUGUUCAAAGUCCGGUCUGACCUGUGUUUCCUGGUAUUUCUUUCUCUACAACAACAUGGGUUUGAGCUUAACUGAAGACUCCAGCUCUCCAGUAAUCAGCGACCUGAGGAUUGUCCUGCUGGGGAAGACUGGGUCAGGAAAGAGUACAACAGGGAACACCAUCCUGGGACGAGACGCUUUUGGCACAGACGUCUCUCCCUCCUCUGUGACAAGAAAUUCUAAAAAAGCAACCUCUCAACUUGAUGAAAGAACUGUGAGUGUCGUCGACACUCCUGGCAUCUUCGACACGUCCAUUACAGACAUUGAGCUGAAAAGUGAAAUAGAGCAAUGUAUCAUGAUGUCUGUGCCAGGACCGCAUGUUUUCCUGCUGGUGGUCAGACUGAAUGCUCGAUUCACAGAGGAGGAGAAAAAUACUGUCAAGUGGAUCACAGACAACUUUGGUGAGAAAGCCUCGAAGUACACGCUGGUGCUUUUCACUCGGGGAGAUGAGCUCCAGCAAAAGUCCAUUGAGGAUUAUUUAAACGAAAGUCCUGCGCUCAAAGAGUUCAUCAGGAGGUCUACAGCUGGGUACUUUGUGUUUGACAACACAUGCAGGGGAAAUCGCACUCAGGUGGCUGAUCUGUUUGAAAAGAUAGACAAGAUAGUGCAGUUAAAUGGUAACCAUUAUACCAGCAGCAUUUAUGAAGAGGCCCAGAGAAAAAUGAAAUCAGAUGAACGGUGGACAGAGUGGGGAAACAAUAUGAACUCGGCAGCUGAUCAGAUGUUCCAGGCAGGAGUAGUCACAGCUGCAGUUGGCAUCCGUUCGCCUGGUGCUGCCAUGGGGUCAGUUUUAAUGUUCGCAGGCGCAGGGAUCUCUAAAGCCAUCGGGUGGUGGAUGAGACCUAAAACAAAAAACAGCUAAGUUGUAUCAAGCCAUCAAAUGUUGGCAAAGUUCUGUAGUCAGUUCAUCUAAAUGCUUUUUUAUUCUCAAUCGCAAACUUGUUUAAUUUGUUGCAAAAAUUUGAUGUCUUUUCAUCACUUCGUUGAUGUAUAUUCAUACAGUUUAGUUACAGCCUGUCUGCUUUGAAACACCCAUGCCCUCUCUUUUAAAUGUGCACUCUUGUCCAGAAUACCAUUGUGUGUUGAGAACGCUUUAUCAUGUUUAAUGUUUGACUUGGAAGAAUAAAACCACUUGACGACAA